AUGAUUGUUCAGAUAUGUUAUGAACUUGUGUUGAAUCGCAUGAAAAGCCAUUAUAUCUCGGGUGUCAUUGACAUGAGGGCUGAGAAUCCAUUAACUCUUAAAGGCGGGGAUCAGCGCCGGGUCUACACCUGUGAAAAAGGGAAAAAAAUCUCUGCACCAAAAGUGAUGCACAGAAUUGCUCUAAAAUGCGGUCGAUUUUACCGAUCGAUCCCCAGAUGUGUCAACAUUUCGCUCAAUAAUUAUAAUAAAUCGAUUCCUCGUCUCCAAUACGUGACCAAUAGUGAGUCGAUUGACUCCAAGACAGUGUUAGACAAUGCGGACGACAAACCAAUUGAUAGGACAAUCCCCCCGAGGAAUGGAUACCAAUCGACUGCAGACGCCAUUAACUCAAUCGAUACCAUUAAGUUCUUUGCCAACGAGAAUAUCAUUCAAAUUAGGUUCAGAAGCGGACAAAAUGUCAAUUUGAACACAACGUGGUUAAGAGAUUCGUGUGCUUGCAGUCAAUGCGUUCAUCCCAUCACUAAAACCAGACUUAUUAAUAGCGCCGAUAUUAGCGGUCAUCUGAUCGCCGAUCGCAUCACUUGUUUCGAUCGUUAUAUUGAAAUCCAAUGGAGAGAUGAGUCCAACAAAGAGCACACCAGUCGUUACGCCAACAAUUGGCUCAAACUGUUUGUUCACGACUCUAAAAGUCAUAUCGCAUACAGUGGUCAGCCAUUGGAAGCGCACACAGACCUGCCGUAUAGAGAGCGGUCACCCGGUGUUCAACUAUUGCAUUGUCUUGAGUCGGCCGCAGUCGGCGGCGCUUCCACUGUAGUCGACGCCGUCAAGUGUGCGGAAGUGCUUCGAGAGACCAGUUGUGAACUUUUCCAACUUUUAACCAAAUAUCCGGUUUUGUUUGCCUUUUGUCAUAAAGAGAAUGAUAUUUGGUUUCGCGAGAAGUGGCCAAUCAUUGGACUCAAUACUGACGAUAGUAUCAAAGAAAUACAUUACAGUAGGAUUGCAAUGAGACCACCGCUCCUACCAUUGCAUAUAUUAGACAAGUUCUACGAGGCCUAUAGAAAGCUAACCCAACUGUUGAGAGACGAUAAGUAUGUCUUUCGAUACUUCCUCAGAGCCGGAGAUCUAAUUAUCAUAAAUAAUAGACGAAUAUUACACGGAAGGGAUGGGUUCGACCACUUCACACAAAAUAGACAUCUAAUGGGAUGUUAUCUCGAUUUGGAUGAAGUGGAAGCGCUAUACGAAAAGCUCAACUAUUUAUAA